AUGAACAUGGAAGACGUUCUCCCCAGAAAGAACUCCUUAGGCCUCAAACCGACCCUUUUCGAUGCAAGUAAAAGACCCUUCCCAUUGUCGCGAUCCACUGUUCGAAAAGGCUAUAUCCAUCGACGCAAAGGUCAUCAACAAAUUUCCAGUGGAAUAUCAAGGAAGCUGAUAGACCGUCUCAGAGACAAAGACACCUUCGCCUCCAUUGAUUACAAAUCUGGACUCUCAAACUUGGAGCAGAAGCCAAGUAUUUCUCAUCAGAGCGGAUCUGUUCCGGCUCAUGCUUGGCACACGGGUCCUGGCGUCCCAACCCCUUUCGGUUAUACUUAUACAACCUCCAAGCCGAAAACCCGACACCGAACAGUCUCACGACCAACAUACUCCGAAACGCCCAUCACCUACCAUGAAGGACCCAAACUCGCCAAGAACCACGAGUGGCCCAAGAUCAACCCUUUUCUCUGCCGCCGGAACGCUGCCACACGGGCACAAACCCCAUCAUCGCCAGUGCACUACCUUCAUCCAGGCUCAUCAGAGGCUGUAAGCCUCCAGCUCCAUUCAACUCCAGACACACAACUUUCCACAAGUUUGCUGGUUAGAAAUUGGCUCACAAAGCUCCCUGAGUACCCGACCGGACAGUGCCUAGCGGCCAACUGA